AUGAUCGCAUCACUGCACUCCAGCCUAGGUGAUAAAGCAAGACCCUGUCUCUAAAAGAACCCCCAAAAACCAGAAAACGAAAAGCUCCCAGCUAUACAAGUGGACACAGACAUUGUAGUGUGGUGUGUCCAUUUGGCCUUGGCUUUGAGGAAUAUCUGAAAUGUCUCAAUAUUUCUGCAAUUGGUGCAGACUACACUCCAGAUGCAGGCCUUUUAGGAGGAGAAGUCUCGCCAGUCCUCUGAAAGUUGUGUUACUAUUUGCCAAAAGACUAAGUGCCUGGCCCUGGCACUUAGUCUUUUCCAAAGAGCCCAGGCCAUGAAGCCACUCCUUGGCGGAUGGCUCAGUGGGAACUACACUACCCAGAAGGCUACGCGCUGUACCUCCAAUGAGGGCCCAGAAGAGAGGCAUUUCCGCCUGCAGAUGAUGCCUGGGCGGGACUUCCGGGUCCUACUCGGCGGACAUCUUGUUGGGUCUUGUGAGGGGUAUAUGCGGCAGGGCCUAAGGGAUGCUGCGUCCUUCCCGGUGAGAGUAUCGGGGAAGCGUGGGGAGGAUGUUGUCCCUACCGCACAGAGGCGUGUCGGAGGCGAAGCGGAAGCGGAAGUGCCUGCGUCCCCGGCCUAGACGCCCGCCGCCCCCGGUCUCUCCUAGUCUACGGAGUGCAGUGGCUGCGGCGGAGCUCCUGGGCCCGGCGCGGGGCUGUGUGAUCUUUGAGGAUGUGUUUGUGUACUUUUCCCGGGAAGAAUGGGAGCUUCUCGACAAUGCUCAGAGACUCCUAUACCAUGAUGUGUUGCUGGAGAACUGUGCACUUUUAGCCUCACUCGGAAUUGCAUCUUCCAGGUCACAUGUAGUCAUACAACUGGAGCCAGGAGAAGAGCCGGACCAGGUAGAUGUGACUCCAGCCACAAAAAGAGAGGCCCAGAUGGGAGCUGGACCUGAUUGUUGGCAUGGAGCUGAAGAUGAGGAGGCACCUUCUGAGCAGAGUGUUUCUGUGGAACGAGUGCUGCAGACCAUGACACCCAUGGCAGAGCUGAAGACCCACCCAUGUGACAUGUGUGGUCUUUCAUUGAAAGAUACUUUACACCUGGCUGAAUACCAGAGGGAAAAAUUCAGGCAGAAACCAUGCACCUGUGGGGCAUGUGGGAAGCAAUUCUGGUUCAGUACAAACUUUGACCAGCACCAGAAGCCCAGUGGAGAGAAGCCCUUCAGAAGGGAUGAGGGUAGGGACUCUUUGAACAGCUGCAGAGUCUGUGUGCCAGAGAAGAUCCACACAUGUGGGGAAGGUGGCGUGAACUUUUCAACCACCUCUGGUCUUCAGCACCAGACCCCUCCCAGCAGGGUGAAGCCCCAUAAGAGCACCAAGCUUGAGGGGGCCUUUCCCACAGGACAGAGGUAUCACAAGUGUGCCAAUUGUGGGAAAGCCUUCACCCGCAAAGACACACUUGUGCGGCAUCAGAGAAUCCACACUGGAGAAAGGCCUUAUGAAUGUAGUGAAUGUGGGAAAUUCUUUAGCCAAAGCUAUGACCUCUUCAAACACCAGACAGUUCACACUGGAGAAAGGCCUUAUGAGUGCAGCGAAUGUGGGAAAUUAUUUAGCAGUAAGUCUAGUCUCAUUCGACACCAGGAAGUUCACACAGGAGCCAGGCCUUAUGUAUGCAGUGAAUGUGGGAAGGAGUUUAGUCGUAAACACACACUUGUUCUGCAUCAGCGAACUCACACUGGAGAAAAGCCUUAUAAGUGCAGUGAAUGUGGGAAGGCCUUUAGCCAAAGUUACCACCUUAAUGUACAUUGGAGAAUUCACAGCAGUGAUUACAAGUGUAGCAGAUGUGGAAAAGCCUUUAGUUGCAUCUCUAAACUCAUUCAGCAUCAGAAAGUUCACUCUGGAGAAAAGCCCUAUGAUUGCAGCAAGUGUGGGAAAGCCUUCACCCAAAGGCCAAACCUUAUCAGGCACUGGAAAGUCCACACUGGAGAAAGGCUGUAUGUAUGCAGUGAGUGUGGUAGAGAGUUCAUCCGGAAACAGACACUGGUUCUGCACCAGAGGAUUCAUGCUGGAGAAAAGCCUUAAGGGUUUGGUGAAUGUGGGAAACCCUUUGGCCAACACCCCAAACUUAGGGUACCUUGGAGAACUAACAGUGAUUAUGAUGACAGCAUAUGCAAGAAAGCCUUUUACCAAAGGCUGAACCUUACCUGUCAUUAGAAAUUUCUCUCUGGACAGAGUCCUUAGCAGGACAGGGAAUGUACUGUCUCUUUGUUCAGCCUAACAGCUCACACCAGAGCAAAACUCUGAGAGUAGCUGUUGUAAAAGAACCAUCAGUCAGAAGUGGAACUUCCUAUGUAGGGACAUCCACCUGGGGAGAUACCUUGUGAUUGGCAAGUAUGUGAGGUGCUUUCAGGAGGCAGGUUGCACUUUCUAAACAGCGAAAGGCCUUUGCCAGGGCAGGAGCCAUUCAUUACCAUCAUCUGGCAGAGUGGUACAGUGUGUGUCCCUCCAGCAUACUUUUUUUUUUUUUUUUCUUUUUAAAUAUAUCUAUUGUGA